UGUACCAGAGGAAGCAGUGUCUCUCUGGAACGAACUCACAGCAUAAUUUCAAUUGACCAGAACAGUUCCUUGACAGAAGCAGCUGGAGGUUGGGCAAGGAAUUCCUUGGAGGUGGCCACAGAGAGGGAAUCCAUGGCUGUGUCAUUGGCAGCAGGGCUGUGAGCACUCCCUGAGUGCCUCGGGGGGAACCAACCAUGGACCUGCGGAACGUCCCCUACCGCUCCGACGUGCUCACCUGGGACCCAGAUGACUUAGCAGAAUAUUUCAGGACGCUGAAGUAUAAGGACUGUGAGAAAGUCGUCAGGAAGCACAGCAUAAAUGGACAAAGGUUUUUGAACAUGUCUGAAAAUGAUAUUCAGAAAUUCCCAAAGCUCAGAGUGCCAAUUGUAAGUAAAUUAAGCCAAGAAAUAAACAAAAAUGAAGGGAGGCUCUCUUUCCUUCCAAAAUGGGCCCAAACACAAAAAUCUCCAGAAAACACAGGGUACGCUCAGGAUGAUGGUGGCUGGUCUUCGUUUGAUGAUGAUGAUGAUGAUGACUAUGAAAGCCCUGAUGAAGACCAGGAAAAGGAAGAUGAGGCUGACUAUGAAUCACCAACAGAGGAGCCUGAGGAAGCAGAACAUGACAGUGAUGGCUAUGAGCCACCUCCAUCCAAUAAUGAAGAAGCACAUCACAGUGUCAUAUUUCCUGCCAAGUCACUUCCAAGCAGCACAGAUUAUAUAGACAGACCUACAACAACCAGAUCAGCACAUCAGCCUCCACAUCAGCCUCCAGUACCACCCCAGCGACCUGGCCCAGCCCCAGGACCAGCCUCAUUUGGGGGAAGAAGUGCUACUCUGCCAGCUUUCCCUCCUCCACCAAGCAGUAACGACUUGAGUAGAGACAGAAACAUGAAGCCUUUGAAACCCCCAGCUCCUUCUAUAGACAGAAGCACCAAACCCUCUCUGGAUCGCCUUGCUCCCCCAUAUGAAAGAGAAAGCCCAGGAUCAGGGAAGAAGCCAGGCAUUCCUGAAAAGCCUCUGGUUUCACAGCUAAGAUCCCUGGGAGAACAGUUAGCAAUGAUGCCAAAACCUCCUGUCCCACCAAGUGACAGAUAUGAAAGAGGCAACCCACCUCCCCUAAGGAAGCAAAGCCCUGGAAAGCACAGUUGGCCACCACACAAGAAAAAUGAAGAUGAAGAAGACACUGCCCUGCAAAGACCAGUGCCACAGCUGUCUUUGCCCCCAUACAGCUCCAAUGCAUUCCCACCCAAAUCUGUCAAGCCUCCACCUAAGCCAGGAUCCAACAGCAUUCCCGCUGCAGAAAGUGCUAGAAACCUGUCUUCAACUGUCUCUCUAGCACCACGCUUCCAUCCAGGCAGCAACAGCAGAUCUCCCUCCAGAGGUCCAGCUGACAUGAGACCUCCACUGCCAAUUCCUAGCAGACAGACUGUUCACCAGGCAAACAUGGAGGAAGAUGAGCCCCAGGGCUCUCUGAAGGAUGAGUGGUACGUGGCUUUCGUCAGCCGGCCCGAGGCAGAGGCAGCGCUCCGCAAGAUAAACAAGGAUGGAACAUUCCUGGUGAGAGACAGCUCACGGAAAACAGUGACUCACCCGUAUGUCCUGAUGGUGCUGUACAGAGAUAAAGUGUACAACAUCCAGAUCCGCUACCAGGAGCAGGACCACUUAUACCUGUUAGGAACCAGCUUAAAAGGAAAAGAGGAAUUUUCUUCUGUAGCAGAUAUCAUUGACCACUUCCAAAGAACACCCCUUCUACUGAUUGAUGGGAAAGACAGAGGCUCAAGAAACCAGUGCAUGUUAAAAUACGCUGCAGGACAUAUUUAAAUGAAACUUUAGAGAAGAUCACAUAUAGUACUGAAGCCUUCUGAAGUUUUUAAACUUCAAGAUAUUUCCCUUUUCAGCAAAAUAAAAUCAUGAAGUGAUUAAAAUUCACAGUUUCAAAGAAAAAUGACUAUGUUAUUUUUAAAUUAUGCCUUAAAUACAGUACUCUAUAAAUAUAAUUUUCCUACAAAGUGUCCAUUAAUCAUACAGCACACGAGAAUUUUUAUCUUCCAAGAUAUUUAUAUCCUGUUGAAAUUAUUUCCACACCAAAUUUGAUGAACCAUAAAUAAA